AGCGUCGAUGACACAAUGAUUCGUUUGACUCACGUAGCACCAUGACACGAGUUUUGCGGCCUCGAGAAUUUGGCGAGAAGAGCGGUGAGGAGUGACAAAACAGAUACGGGAAAGAAAGCGGCGGUAAGAGCGAGUAUAGGAAGGAAGGAACGAACGAACGAAUGAACAGACAGACGAGUGAGUGCAUUGUUGUGUAUACCUCGCAAGCGAACAAGAAUAGUUACGUUCGAUAAGUGUGAUUGGCUCGCCAGCACUGCUACGCAGACAUCAUCCGCGCUGUCUGGCACGUUUUGUACGUACAUACGUGUGCGCUCUGCAUUCGCGACAUUUUUUUUGUCCUUCGCGGUGGCUAUUACUGGUAAUAACAGCGUGCGAACGUGACGGGACAUAGUGUGUGAGUCGCUCACAGACACGCUCCGGCCGUCAAACAACGUCUCCGACGAUUAGCGCAUUUACGGGGUAACGAAGACUCCGCAACUCCGAGAUGGCCGGUGCAAUGUUGUUCGAGCGGGCCCAGGCGGUUUCGGUGACGGAUCGCAGUGAGGGCAUCACUUUGCUCAACGAAAUCGUGUCGGACCCGAGUAUCGGUGUCGCCGAGGAUGACGAGGAUAACAUUCGCGUCAAGGAGCAGGGUAUCCUGCACUUGGGCGAACUCUACAAGAAAGAGGGCAAGGCGAAAGAGCUGGCAGAACUCAUCAAAGCUACUAGGCCGUUCCUCAGCCUUAUCAGCAAAGCAAAAGCCGCCAAGCUUGUGCGUUCUUUGGUGGACUUCUUCCUAGAUCUAGAAGCUGGCAUUGGUAUCGAGGUGCAGUUGUGUAAAGAAUGCAUAGAAUGGGCAAAGGAAGAACGCAGAACAUUUUUAAGGCAAUCAUUGGAAGCACGCUUAAUAGCCCUUUACUUCGACACUGGUAUGUUCAGCGAAGCCUUGCAGCUGGGUUCUGCUCUCUUGAAAGAGCUCAAGAAACUCGAUGACAAACAGCUACUAGUAGAGGUUCAAUUGUUAGAGAGCAAGACAUAUCAUGCUUUGAGCAAUUUAGCAAAGGCGAGAGCAGCGCUUACCAGCGCUAGGACAACUGCCAACGCGAUUUACUGUCCACCCAAGAUGCAAGCAGCUCUGGAUCUACAAUCGGGAAUAUUGCAUGCUGCGGAUGAGCGAGAUUUCAAGACUGCCUACUCUUACUUCUAUGAAGCCUUCGAAGGGUAUGACAGUGUUGAAAGUCCCAAGGCAUUGACGGCGCUCAAGUACAUGUUAUUGUCUAAGAUCAUGUUGCGUACACCAGAAGACGUCCAGGCCAUCAUGUCUGGCAAACUGGCAGUGAAAUAUGCAGGAUUGGACUUGGAUGCGAUGCGAGCAGUCGCUGAAGCUAGCCAUCGACGAUCAUUGGCAGACUUUCAGAAGGCAGUAAAGCAAUACCGACAACAAUUGGAGGACGACGUGAUUGUACGCGCACACCUCGGUUCUCUCUAUGAUGCUAUGCUGGAGCAAAAUUUGUGUCGUUUAGUUGAACCUUAUUCGCGAGUUCAGGUGAGCCACAUCGCCUCGUGUAUAUCUCUACCAUUGGCACAAGUAGAAAAGAAACUAUCGCAGAUGAUAUUGGACAAAAAGCUCCGUGGCGUUCUCGAUCAGGGAGAAGGCGUCUUAAUUGUUUUCGAAGAUACACCCCGCGACAAGACUUACGAAAUUGCGCUGGACACGAUACACAGCAUGGGAAAGGUCGUCGAUACACUUUAUCAGAAAGCGAAGAAACUCACCUAGCCUUAUUUAAUAUGUAUUUAUAUGAGAAAGAAUUUAUCACAAUAAUUAUAACCAUUAAUAAUUAGUUACUUUCAUUAAACAUGGUUGAUUAACUGUGUUUUUCCGUAAUUAACAAUGACGACACUUUUAUUGCAAAGAAGUGCUCAUUUAUCCGAUAUGUUCGUAUAGAGUUGCCUUUAUCGAUAAUAGAAAUUGUUUGAGAACGACUGUUACAAGUACGAAAUGAUCAAUUCGCCUGAGAUUUAACGAAUAAGUCCUCUUGAUCUAGCUUUUAGGAGUUAUUUUUCGUAAAUAUUCCUCAGAGAGAAAGAAGAACGAGCGAAGUGAAGUGAAGUGAAGAUGUCAUAAUGUCGAAAAACAUGAAAUAUAACAAGACUAAAAGAAUCA